UACUUUGACACACGUAAUAUGGCGAUUAACUUUUUAUCCAAUUUGCGACCAUCUUUUCAUAUUGGAGCUCUCAUGCAAAUCUAACACUACGAGAAGCACUGGUAUUUACUUUUGAAACAUGACACAGAUACCAAAAGUACGUUUGAGAGGUGGACUGGAAAUCUGUCGAAUUUUGAAUGGCUUGUGGCAAGUUUCAGGUGCACAUGGGAAGAUUGAUCCUCAUCAAGCAGUUCAAGCUUUGGAGGCAUAUGUGAAUGCUGGGCUGACGAGUUUUGACAUGGCUGAUAUUUAUGGGCCAGCAGAAGAAAUAUAUGGAUCUUUUUACAAACAGCUGCUGGCUACAAAAGGACAUGAAGCAGUAAAAGGGAUUCAAGGCCUGACUAAAUGGAUACCACAGCCUGGACCUAUGACAAGGAAGGUUGUCGAAUCUGCUAUAGAUCUGUCUCUACAAAGAAUGCAGGUGAGCCAUCUGGACUGCUUACAGUUCCACUGGUGGGAUUACAGUGACAAGCGCUAUUUGGAUGCAUUAGGACACUUAUCGGAUCUUCAGACAGAAGGAAAAAUAAAUGAGCUCUCCCUUACUAACUUUGACACGGAGCAUGUAGUGGAAAUAACAAACAAAGGCAUCCAAAUAUCAAGCAUUCAGCUUCAGUAUUCUGUCGUUGACAGACGGCCUAUGGUGAAAAUGACAGAAGUCUGCGAAGCAUUGGGAAUUAAACUGCUCACCUAUGGAACAUUGGGUGGUGGUUUCAUCUCUGAAAAAUACCUGGGAGCGAAGGAACCCAAGAAUGAGGAUGAACUAUAUACUUCUUCUCUUAAGAUGUACAAGAAGGCGAUAGAUACUUGGGGAGGAUGGGAUCUCUUUCAGGAACUUCUGCAGGUCUUGUCUUCAGUUGCAAAGUCUCACAAUUGUACUAUCGCAAAUGUGGCCACCAAAUAUAUCCUAGACAUGCCGGCUGUAGCAGGGAUAAUCAUUGGCUGUCGUAUGGGUAUACCUGGGGCUGAGCACAUCCAAGAAAACGUGAAGAGUUUUGAUGUACACCUGACAACUGAAGACACUGAAAUGAUUGAAAGCGUGCUGAAAAAGUCCAGUGAUUUGAUGCAGCUGAUUGGAGAUUGUGGUGAUGAGUAUAGAUUAAAAUAGUUCACACAUUUGCCUUUCACUUUAUAUCCACAAAUCUGGAUAGUAUUUGCACUAUUGUUUUACAAAUAAUUGUUUUCUGUGCUUUUUGUUAAAUUUUGUCAUUUCUUGAAAUUAGGUAUUUUCUUUCAUCUUAUUGUCUGCUAAUUGUAUAUAUCUGUGCUGUACCUCAACUUUCUUACUGAACAUGCAUUUUACAAAAGCCUGGCUUUGAGUAUGCAAUGUCAUUAUGGGCUUUUUAUUUUUAAUCUGCAGAGGAAAAUAGCGUGAGAGAUUGCUUGCAAUGGGCACACAUUGUAAUAUCUGCAGAGGAACUACAAAUCAUUGAAAUAGUAUUGUUUUGGCAUUUCUAAGCAGAAAAAAAUCUAACUGGAAAGGCAUUCUAUUAAUAAAAAUGGAGUGCAGCAU